GUCUAUGUUAUGUAUAGUCUGCAAUCUAAACUCUUUAUUGUCUCAUCUCAGGGCGGCGCUAUAUAAAGACACAUGUUUAUAAUUUUUUGUCACUAUAACACCGAUGCUCAUAGAAGUAAUAGGUUCAGUGUUAGACAGCUACAAACACUAGUUUCGUACGAAAUAAUCAUGGUUGGAAAGAGCGAGCAGUUGUCGUCUCAGGAGAUCUUCGCCCUGGAAGACAAGCAUGGGUGCCGCAACUACGCCCCCGUGCCGGUCGCCGUCAGCCGCGCCGAAGGAGUUUUUGUUUGGGACGUCGAAGGAAAGAAGUACUACGACUUUUUGAGCGCAUACUCCGCAGUGAACCAGGGUCACUGUCACCCAAGGAUCAUCGCUGCUCUGAAGAAACAAGCUGAGAAGCUCACCCUCGUAUCCAGAGCUUUCUACUCGGAUCAGCUGGGAAUCUAUGAGAAGUUUAUGACGGAACUCCUUGGUUUUGACCGCCUGCUGCCGAUGAACACUGGCGUCGAGGGUGGAGAGAGCGCCUGCAAGAUUGCCAGGAAAUGGGGUUAUGAUGUUAAGAAAAUUCCAGAGGGACAAGCUAAGAUCAUCUUCGCCGAAGGCAACUUCUGGGGCCGUACUAUGUCUGCAGUGUCGGCGUCAUCAGACCCCAGCUGUUACAAGGGCUUCGGGCCCUACAUGCCUGGCUUCCACCUCAUCCCUUACAACGACACUGACGCACUAGAGAAGGCGCUUCAAGACCCUAACGUAGCGGCAUUCAUGGUAGAGCCCAUCCAAGGCGAGGCGGGUGUCGUGAUCCCCGACGACGGUUACUUGAGGAAAGUAAGACAGCUGUGUACCAAGUACAACGUCCUUUGGAUCGCCGACGAAGUACAGACCGGUUUGGGUCGUACUGGAAAACUGUUGGCGGUGCACCACGAGGGAGUCAAGCCUGACAUCCUGAUCCUGGGCAAGGCGCUCAGUGGAGGAGUGAUGCCAGUCUCCGCAGUACUGGCCAACAACAGCGUUAUGGAUGUGAUCACACCCGGUACCCACGGAUCUACAUACGGAGGCAACCCUCUCGCUUGCGCAGUCGCCACUGAAGCCAUCAAGGUGCUGUUGGAAGAGAAACUAUGUGAGAAUGCCGAGAAGCUCGGCAAGAUCCUGCUUGAAGAGUUGAACAAAAUCCCCAAGAACAAGAUCGCCACGGUGCGAGGCAGGGGCCUCAUGUGUGCCAUCGUUAUUCAUGACAGCAUCCCAGCAUACGACUUAUGCCUGCGGCUGCGGGACGCCGGUCUACUGACGAAGACCACACAUGGGCAGACCAUCCGCCUAGCGCCCCCACUAUGCAUCACCGAACAACAGAUCCGCGAGGGAGCCAACAUCAUUCGCACAGUACUUGAGAGCUACGACAAAUAAACUCAUACUUUCGAAACACGACGACGUAACAUAAUGGAUAUAACGUCCGCGUCAGGAUAGACUGUAUUUUAAAAUAUACGUAUUGGGAUGUUUCCCCUAGUCCAAUCCAAUAAGUCACUGUAUCUGAUUUAAAUUAUAUUAUGUAUUAAUAAAAAUAAAUAUGCCAAAAAUUAUGACUUCAAAGUGCAGUCAUGUAGAUUUUUUUUUGAAUAUUGGUGUUGCAUUUUGAAGGUGCUGUAUUUGGUAUUUGGCUAGAUGGAAAUAUACCCAUUGUAAGUGUAUCAUGUAUCCAUCAAUUUGAGAGGAAUAUUCCUACAGUCUAUCGUAUUUUAGAAAGGUUAAGAGCGAUUAUUAGUAAAUAAAAGUAAGUUGCAGAUUUCGUGCGGUAUAUAUUUUUAUAUUAACAUUUAACAACCAUCUCACAACACACUAAUAAUCACAGUUAGUUGAGGUAAAUACUGUACUUUAAGUAACUUUUAUUGUAUACAAUGGGCCGAAUUAAUGUAAAAUAUCACAACGCGUAGCAUUUGUUCCUCGACUGGCACUUAUUGGUACAUUUAUUUAUAAAAUAAUUAAAGCAGAACUUUAAGUAGUAUUAAGUAUAACAUUAUAAAAGUUUGGAGCUGCCAGUAUAUCAGGCAAAUUGUUCCCUUUAAUUUAGUUCGGUCUCCAGGACGCCGACUUGAGCUCGCAUGGUGUCCGUUAAUUUCGAGAGCAAAACAGUUUCAUCCAAUGUCAUCUUUGGACUCUCUAGCUGGCCUGUAAUGAAACAACAUACAUUUACAUAACAUGAAAGAAUAGGAAGUAACGGUUCCAUUAAAAAUGUAUCCCGCACUAUCGUAAACUCCAUUUUAAAGAAAACAAAUGUAAUUAGCAUUUUUAACGUGACGUGACGGAGUAUAAUAUAACAAUGAGUUGCGUACUUAUUUGCACACGUAAGUACAUAGAGUUAAUGACUACUUACAAACAAAAGUCGUCGGAAAGAUCGUGUCUUUUAUAUACGAGCAAGGUAAACAUGGAAUUGUUAUUUUAAAAAUAAAUUAAAAGAUGUCAUUGUAAACCGAGAUGUUUUGAAAAUAAAGCUGUAUGUAAAAGA